UACAAUCAGUUCAAUUUCCAGGAAGUUCCAGUGAUAUUCCAGGAAAUAUAUUAAACUCAGCAGAGAGGUCUAAAGGUACCAUUAGCGCUGAUUCCGUUAACAUUGCUGUUGGCCCUCCCGUGGUUCCUAAUGUUCCUUCCUCCUCUGUUCCUGGGCCCUCUACGCCUAAGUCGUCGUCCCGUUUCUUUGACCAUAUCAAGACUAGCAUCGUUAGUGUUUUGCUGGGCAGUACAGCCAUGGACGCCCCUAAGACUGCAGCAUCAGUUGGCAAAGACAGCGGGGGGAGCACCACUAGCGGGACUCGACAGGAUGUGAACGAGCGGAAAGGGAUAGAAAUGUUUGCAUCGGCGCCAGGCACUUCUAACGACACGGACGACUCUUCGUAUAUCGAUAUUUCAUCGAGCGAGAGCACCGUGAAACGCAAUACAACCAACACCGCUGACCAAACCAGGCGCAAAUGGAUAACUUUCCGCCAGUGGAUACGCCAGCUGCAUCCGACGUUUCAUUGCAAGAGGCCAUGGCAACGCACAAGACAGCUACCUCCCGAGAGCUCGUCGUCUUCAAAUGAUACCAGGACAGAGAGCCAUUCCGUCUUGCCAGUCUUUAGUCAGAGCCGACCAAUCGGUGGCACCCUUGAACGCGUGCCCAGUGACAGCUCUCCAUUGCUUGUCACAGUAUCCGCGCAUGCACGAUUGGAAAUUACCGCUGACGGCAAUCAGAGCUUGGCAAAGUCUGUGAAGAUCUCUCGAUCCCACCACGACUUGAAUAGGGGGAAAAAAAAUAUCCGGAAGAUUAAAAGCCUGCCACCCUUAAAACCAAAGCUAAUCGUAGUUCAACCACUAAACCCUCCAAGUUGCGAGGAGCUACACCCUCUGCGUGAUAGCAAUGGUCAAGCAUCUACAACUAGUGAUCCAAUACAGCCUCUUUGCGGGCCCAUAAGCCCCCCUCAGGCGACCACACCCCAGCCUCGUCAGCGUGCCCAUACGAUUGGUGCCAUCUCAGACUUGGCUGCUACCAGGAGGCACUGGUGGCAGCGACGAAGAAGGAACACUGUCGGUGUGAUGCCGGAACACACUCCUAGACCAGCCUGGCUGGGCUCUGGCUCUGAUAAGAACAGGCAGAGUGUGCAGAUUCUUCAGGGUAACAGGCCACUGGAGAGGCCCAGGGAGUAAUGUACCCAGAGGGGGGACCUAGGACAAGGUGGAUGGGGAACGAAGCCUAUAUUUGUUCAAGUGCGUACAUGCCAUGAAAGAGCCCAUGAUCAGAAUAUCAAAUGCUGCUAGAGUCCUCUCAGGAGGAGAAUGUUGAGUCAUGACAGAGAUUGCUGCAUAUCUGCACAUUUCUGACAAUGCCCUCCAAUGUAACAUCCCAAAGUAGAACUACUGUCUAGAUUCUGCAGAGAUGAAUAUGGGACACAAGUGUGAGACAAGUUAAUAAAAUGUAAACAUAGGCUUCUAAUAUUCACUGCCCUGAAAAAUAGAUGAGAAGUCAAUCAAGAUACAUACAUGGUUAAAUAAAAGCAAUUUUAUUGAGUA